AUGUUUCAGGUAAAAGAAUUUGCCAAGCUGCUCUUCCUGCUGAUCCUGGCAGGAGAAAUUGCUGACAAUCGGGCGGAUGUAUUUCCACAAUGCACAAACGUUGAAGCAGAUACUUUUGUUGUGGCCAUAGAUGAUUGCACCAGCUACAUAUAUUGCAAUGGGGAAGACUCCUUCAGGGACACCUGUCCGGAUCAAACAUAUUUCGAUGGACAGGCUCAGGAAUGUGCUUUUGAUGAUGCUGGUGUUUGUCUUCAGCCUCUGGAGACCACAACAAUGAAGGCAGCAAUUACUGUUGCUGCGGAGAUAGAGAACAACAGCAUGGAGGAAUUACCUGUUGAAGCAACAACAACAUCUUCAGCAUCACCAUCCCCAUCACAUACAGAGGUUAGGCCUUCAAAGCCAGAAGGAAGUAGACCACAUUGUGAUACCGCCGGGGAUGGAUAUCAUCCGCAUCCGGAUCGCUGCGAGUAUUAUUACAGUUGCCUGCGAGGAUACUUAACAAUCGUGCGAUGUCCCUACAAGUUUGGCUGGGAUUAUGCGGAGGGACGAUGCAAGCCCAUGUCUGAGGUGCAUUGCUUUAGCUUAUAGAUAAAUCUCUUAAGUCGCUAGGUGAAUAAAUGCUGGGCUAACCCAGAUUUUGUGUGAGGCAGCCACACGAAAUGACAAUAAUAAAUAAGUA